CCAUCUUUCCAUUGGAUCUUGCUAGAGGCGCAUCCCUUUAAAUUCGGGUUCAGGGUCCACGGCUCCAGGCAAGCGAUGGGUGUAUCUAGGCUUUCAAGAAGACGAAUCAACAUAUUGCAAUUAUCCAGUAGAUCACACGCCUUCGGUUGCUUAAUCCAUGGCUCAGCUUAAACAAGUCACUGCGUAAGGCCCACCGUUGAUCCGCUGGAACAAACGCAGCCUAACGUGACCUUGCGACCGAAACACCGGCCGGUGGGAUCUACAGGGCCAAGGACUACCGAUCUACCGGAUAUAAAGGCCAUACCAGUAUAUCUUUACCAAGCGCUCAUUGGAGCAUAGUUUCAAGAUAUUGAGGUUCCAUCGAAGUUCAAGACUUCAUCUCUGACAGGAAUACCGCUCAUGCUCAGGUACAAAGCGUCUCAAAUAGUCUCACUUGAAUACAAGCGAAUUAACCCUCAACACUGAUAUGGAGUCACCCAACGCAGAAGAAAUCUUUUUCUUUGAAUCGCAAUUGUUUGCAUCUUGGCCAUUCUCGCAGUUGACUAUCUUACCAGCGAUAAGAUAGCACUCCACGACCUUCUUGGUAGAUGACCGCCGAGUGGUAAGAUGACGACGAUAAUUAAGAUGCACAAAACCCGAAAUUAUCAAUACGAAAAUCACAGUCAAUUGUUUCAUUACCAAAAACAUCCAAGCCUCACGGCUCCUGUAGAUCCGAUCUCAAUAUGCAAGAACCAAUGAAUCCAAGACCCCUAAAAUUACACACUCCAUCACCAGCGAGGCAGUGCAAAAUCACCUACAGAAACUUUAUCGCCAAGGGGGCCAAAACACCAAGAAUCCUCGUGCCGACUUAGCCGCCCAAUCCGGCUCAACACUCUUGGCCAAGUGGACCCAGCUGACGUGUAUUGGAGCGCCCCAAACGUGUCUUUUUCACCUUUUUCUUUACAUCAAACACAUUCAUUCACUUCUCUACACAGCCUUGAUAGCGCUGUCGUUUAUUGUCUGUUUGUUUCUUGGUAUGUUCCGUCGCGCAAGGGGUAUUGCUUGACUAGACCGACGGGAAAAGCACAGGGAUCUUAUAGGCUGGAAGAUGCCGAGUAUGGGGUUCGAGGAUAAGACGACGUACAAUGACAAGUAUGUCGUUCUGUACGACUUCGGCGAGACGGAUCAUGAUACGGCUAUCAAAGAGUUCAAGACCCUAGUGGCAGACCUGGAAGAAACUGGUUUCGACGUUGAAGUCAGAGCGGGCUAUGAACAAUCCCUCCUUGUAUUCGCCAAAGCACCACGCGAACUCCUCGGCAACGCUGUCUACAAGUCCAGGGUUAAGGACUGGCUAUACGGCAUCACGCCGAAUCACCCUGGCGGUGAUAAGAACACAGUCGUUGAUGGAGCCUAUGAGGCAGAGGAUAUUCUUUCGGUUUAUCAUAUCGUCAACUGGUCCAAGGAUCUUGGUGGUGCGGGCAUCACCCCCGGGACAGGGAAGUGGGAGAACGUCAAGGCGAUAUUUCCUAUUCAUAAUUCCAAGGUCAAUCAGUCGUUGCUCAAGUAUCUGAGCAGAAAGUUUUUCUUGUCGAACGAGGAUAUUGAUCAGAUUCGCAACCUUCACGGCUCAAAAGUCGCUUUUUACUUUGCUUUCAUCCAAGCCUAUCUUCUCUUCCUCACCUUCCCCGCCAUAACAGGCGUCAUCGCAUGGCUCUGGCUUCCACGCUAUUCCCUCGCCUACGGCAUCCUCACCAGCGUGUGGUGCACCGUGUUCCUCGAGUACUGGAAGAUUCAGGAGCUUGAUCUUAGUCUGCGCUGGAACGUCAAGGGCAUUCAUCAUGUCAAGGUCAACAGACCGCAGUUCAAGUAUGACUAUGAGUAUGUUGAUGAAGGCGGGCGGAAACACUACUACUUUCCUAGAUGGAAGAAGGUCGUGAGACAGUUGUUGCAGAUUCCGUUCUUGAUAGUGGCGUUUUUGGCGCUGGGGAUUACUAUCAUUGCGGUGUUUACUAUUGAGAUUUUGAUCUCGGAGACGUAUGCUGGGCCGUAUAAGGAUUACUUGGAAUAUCUUCCAACUAUUCUCCUGGCUGUAUCUCUCCCUUACAUCACCUCAGCCCUUGAAGACGCAGCAGAAUGGAUGACCGAGUUCGAAAACCAUCGCACCGCCGAUCUACACGAAAUGUCACUCACCCAAAAAGUCUUUGUCCUCAAUAUGUUCACCAACUACCUUCCCAUUUUCCUCACAGCCUUUAUCUACAUCCCCUUCGGCGGGACAGUCGUCCCCAAACUUGAAAAUUUCCUAUCAGCUGCAUUUGCCAGCGUCGGCAAGAAAUUCGUUCAUCAGCCGUUCCAUCUUGACGCUGAUAGGCUGAGAAACGAAGUCAUAGCUUUGACGGUCACAGGCCAACUAUCAGGUUUCUUCGAAGAGAACAUCGUUCCGAUGCUGAAGCAUAAAUUCUCGGAUUGGUAUCGAGAUUAUCGCAGGGCGCGAUCAAAAGGCGAUAUGCUUCUUGCGGUGGUGAAGGAUGAUCCUGAAGAAACAGCUUUCCUAUCACGGGUUCGAAACGAGGCGAUUCUUCCAAAGUACAACGUCCAGGAUGACAUUGCAGAAAUCGUUCUUCAGUUCGGAUAUCUCGCGCUAUUCUCGCCAGUCUGGCCGAUUAUCCCAAUGGGCUUUCUCAUCAACAAUUGGAUUGAGCUACGAUCUGAUUUCGCAAAGAUCUCACUGGAGCAUCAGCGCCCCGCACCGGUUCGCUCAGGUGGAAUCGGCCCUUGGAUCUACUCCCUCGAGGCGUUAACCUGGCUCGGAAGUAUCUGCACCGCAGCAAUUGUGCAUCUUUUCAGCGUCGACAAAGUCGGCAAUACAAUGGGGAGCUGGGCUACUCUCCCCGUUACCGUUUUUAUCAGCGAACACGUUCUUCUUCUUCUCCGAUCUCUUGUCCGCUUCGUUCUUAAACAAAUCGGCUCUGAGCGCAUUCGAGAAGAUUAUAAUCAGCGCUAUGCGAACCGCGUUAAAUAUCUUCAAGAGCUGGAGACGAAGAAACAGCAGUCUGGACUAGCUGUACGUGAAGCGCACCGCGAGCGACGCAAGUCGGUUUUGGUGAUGGAGAGAGAUCCAUUUUGGACGAAGCAGGUCCAUGACGGUGCUAGUGAAUUAGCAGGUGUCACACUCAUCCAACAGGUCAAGAAGAAUGAAGAGCCAGGGGAUCAGGAGAAGAAAGACUAGGCGCAACGCGCAACAGAAUCAGUGUAUAGAUUACAGACCAAAUUGUUCCAUAUGUAAUGUAUCUUUAUUAAUUCUUCACAUUCAUUGCCUCGGUCCAACGGUAUAUUCCAUCGCCAAGACACGGCCGAGACAUUCGGCCGUCUAAUCCGAAAGAGAUUUUUAACUCUCGUCAUCAUUCCAGACUCGUCCAU